ACAGUACCCAUAUUUCACGUCCUUUACAGUUGACACUAUAAAGAGCUUCUUCUUCCUCUUCUUCUUCUCCUUCUUCUUCUUCUUCAGGGUUUAUGCCUUCUUCUUUUUGUUCCCCGUGCGUGUGCGUACGUUGUUCGUGAACAAUAUAUAAAGACAAAUGAGCAGUGGCGGAAGGGCUGGGAAACCCAAAGAGGAGGAGCAAGAUGGCAUGUCCGUCCACUCUCCUUGCAAACCUCCUCCUUCCUCUGCUUCCUCUCUCCCCAAGGAGCAGUCACAGGUUGAAUUGGAGCUGAGAUUGUUGGAAGCUCUUGAGAUUUACCCUCCAAUGAAACUACAAGGAGUACAUCGUCACUUUGUCCUUUAUGGUCUGAUGGAAUUUCUAAGGAGGAAGUUUGACAGACAAUUUUCUUCUGAGGAGGUCCUACAAUUGCUGGAUCGGUUCUACAACUUAGAAAUGCUGAAAACAGAUGAUGACGAGAUUGAUUUGCUGACUCGCGAAGAAGAAUUUUCCUUGCCUCAGAGUUUCUUUGUCAAGGAAGAAACCUGAGCAACAAUUUUUGGAGUAUAUACAUUUUUUGUUUCAACCGUUAUUAAUCUUUUGAUGUGUACAGCUGGUUAUUCUAUUAUUCCUUUCCCCUCUUUCCUCUUUUGGGAUUAUGUUCAUGGUAGACCCGUUAAGUGUUGGUGGUGUUCUUAUCAUAAUGUAUUUAGCUACACUGGUUCGGAUAUAAUGCAUUUCGACUUGAGGAUAUUAGAUCGAUCAUAAACACAUCAUGCAAUUGUAAUCUGUUUGUUUUA